UUUUCAGAAAAGUCGCACGGAAGAACGCGUGGAGAGGGAGACGGGACAACCUCAUCUCUCUCUCUCUCUCUCUCAUCGCCAUUUCUUCUCUCAUGCGAUUCUUCCAAAUUGACCUAACUGGCUUUUAGCUUCUUCGUUAAGGAUCGAUUUCUACUGGUUUCUCCGUUCAAUUGAAGCUCGGAAUGGAUCAGGUUAUGAACAAAGUUGGCUCUUAUUGGUUCAGCCAGAAGGCCAACAAGGAGAUCGGCUCCAUCGGCGAUGACAUUAAUUCAUUGUCAACAAGUAUUCAAGAAGGAACUAGCUGGUUGGUUAAUAAAAUAAAAGGAAAAAUGCAAAAACCUUUACCAGACCUGCUGAAGGAUUAUGACUUGGCAGUGGGAAUUUUCCCACGUGACGCAACCAACUAUGAGUUCAACGAGGAGACAGGAAAGCUGACUGUCUUCAUCCCCGAAAUCUGUGAAGUUGGGUAUAAAGACUCGUCAGUCUUGCGUUUUAACACCACUGUGACUGGAUAUCUCGAGAAGGGAAAGCUAGCGGACAUAGAGGGAAUGAAAACAAAGGUGAUGAUAUGGGUAAAAGUAACUUGUAUUAGUUCCGAUGGACCAAAGCUCAACUUCACUGUUGGCAUGAAGAAAACCAGAAAAAGAGAAGCUUACGAGGUCCUUAGAGAUGGUGUAAAUGUUGAGAAGUUCUAAAAUGUGGUGGUUGUUUGGUUGGGUCUUUAUAUACUUAUAUAGCUUAAAUUACCAUUAGAUUCUUGUUCUUGAACGCUUUACUGUAAAGCUGAGAAUCUUUCCCAACCAUGUAUUACAAUUACUUAUGCAGUGUCGUUAACGGUCGAGUGAUCUAUAAGAGGGCCAACCAAUUCAUGGAGAUCGGAUGUAGCAGUUUAUCCAUUUCUGAUUUCUGAAUCUAUACCCAUAACUCAUAACUGUAAUUUUCUUUAUUGGAUAACAUGAUUGUUAUUGGAAUA